AUGGACACGGAUUACGACCGUAAGUUCGAGGAGAUGAAGAAGUACAUCCCGUUCUUAGAGAGCAUGAUCAAAAGGCUGGAAAGCACCGGCUCAACAUCAGCAAAUCCAAGACAAGCACAGCUUGCUAAAAUUAGAUCUCUAAGAGACUUGUUAUUGGAUAAGAAAAAAAGAAUGAAAAUGGAGAAUUUGUUGAAAUGUGAACAAGUUUUAGUGAAUUUGUAUGCAAAAGUCGAACAGAGAGAUUCGUUCACGGACACAAAGAGUGAUAUAAAUAAAAGUCUGAAUACACAAAAUGUCCAAUUGGAUUAUGUGCGUAAUAAACUUAAAACUGUGACAUCAAAAUUGCAAGAUCCAGAAACAUUGCCUGAGAUAGCAAGAGCUAGUCAGACAGAAGAAUCCUGUACAGCUGGCAGUAAGGAACCGGCGUUGUUUCAAAGAAGACCAAAUAAAAAUUCUAUAUCUCCAACUCGAUGUUCUCUAAAUAGUAGUGGAGAUAUCUUAUCACCAUCAGGUAGAAGAAGUUACACUCGCGUCCUUGUGUCUCCAGAACGUGAUUCGAAACAAUGGCCGCUUGAUAAAUCAUUAGAUAAACCACUUUUUUGUAGAAGGUCACCUCGUAGAACACCUAAAAAGUCACCUAGAAAAUCUCCAAGAAAAUCUCCAAGAAAGUCACCACGUAAAGGUUCUCCUCCAUCACGUCAUAAAAAAGAAAGAAAAAAGUCUUAUAAUCAACCUCUGACAUCAAACAAACUACAAGACCUUAAUAUAACUCUUAAAGUGCCAGAAGAAAGUUUGAGUACUCUAAAUACCAAAGAUAUACUGUCAAGGAUAAUUAAUUGCAGUGAUGGUGACGUAGAUAUAGAUACAUUACGGGAAUUAAGAACGCAAAUUCUUUCCGAAUUAAAACAAACUGGUGCAAAAGAUGACAUAUCUGACUUAAUACUAAAAUCUUAUAAAAAUAAAAAAGAAGUAGUCAAGAAAAAGGAUGAAGUAGAAGAAGGGGAAUUAUCUGAUAGCGAGAGUGAAGUUAUUGAAAGCAUAUAUGGCAGCUUAGUAAUAAUGGAUAAAGAUCAAGGUAAUACAAGCUUUGACAAAAAAUCAAGUGACAAAGACCAACCUCGCAAAAUUCAAAUCUGUCUUGUUAUUAAUUCAGAAAAAGAAAAACUAAAUGACACCGAUCGAGCGAAGGAUAUAGCGGACCAAAAUGCGAUUAUCGAUGAAUCUGAUUUUGAGUCUUAUAAAGAAACUAGUAAGGGGGUACAAAAACUUGACUGCCAAACGCUAGAAGUUGAAAAGAAUAAACAUAAUCAGGAUCAAAUGUCACACAAACUAGAAACCUCGUCAACUAUAUUAGAUGCAGAAGACAAUGAAAAAAGUAUGAAAAAUACCGAUAAUUCUCAAAAUAUGAUACAAAAAUCCAGUGAUAAAUGUGAAGAGAAAAAGCAAGAAAUUAAUAUUAUAUCAGAAUUACCUGAAGCUUUUACACCAAACUUUUACCAGUCUGAAGCGAUAAUAAAUCAAGAUAGCUUUCAGAGCGCAGGUAAUUUAAACUUAAAUAUUUCUUCUCCAAUUUCUAAAGAUGCGCAAAUGAAUGACAAUUCUGAAGAAAAAUUAAAAGACUUAACGAAAGAAAAAGGUUCAGUGGAAAUACCCUUAUUAGAUCUAGAAUCAACUGCAAAACAAGAAGUUGUUCAUGAAAUAGAUAUAUUACAGGCUUUAAAAAAUGAAAUUUUAAGCGAGAAAAUAUCUAUAGAUGAUUCCGAAACCAUGACACCCCCAUUACAUCAACCAAAAGUUACAAAAGUGGCUAAUAUAGAAGGAAUAGUAUCGAAAAAAAGGAUUUCAAUUGAGAAAUAUAAACAAAAGUCUAUAUCAACGUCAAAACCAUCGACUUCAAUAAACGAUACCAAUAGUAAUGCCUACAGAGAUGAACUAUCAAAGAAACAAAGCAUAAAGUUAACAGAAAAGGAAUUCGAACGAUUUAAUUUAUCAAGUAAGUUAGCAUUAGGGGAAAGUUCUGAGGAUGAAGAAUUUGGAAAAAGAAGUCCAACCAAUGACGAUAUAUAUGGUGACCUAGCACCAAAGUCACCAGAUCAUGAAGACUUUGCUGAUACAGGGAUUAAGCCACCAGUAAUAAUUCCAGCAGACCCUGUCAAAACAACAGUAGUGACUAAAGCUGACGUGGAUAUGAGAACAUUGACAAUGCAGGCGGCAUUGUCGUCACAAGUAAGCACACACAAAACAGAAGCGCAUGUUCUAUCGCCAACUGGGAAUUUUGACAAAGCAUUUGAUAUUUGUAAAAAUGAAGCGGAGUCGGGUGUUGUAAUGAAUGAUAAAAGACUGCCUUUAGCAGAUCCACGCGUAAGAAGAGAAUUUAAUUUACCAAAUACGGAUACUCCUAUGUUAGGGAAUGUAGAACGGACUUCGCGGUGCCAUAUUAACUUGACACCAAAUAUGACACCAAGUAGAAUGUCAAAUAUAGUAUCGAAUAUGACUCCUAAUAGAAUGCCUAAUAUUGCUCAAAGCCCUAACGUAAUUACAAAUGUGACAUCUAAUUCCAAUGUUUAUGAAAUGACGCCAUCUAGGCAACCAUUAGAAAGUGACGAUUAUUUAAAACGAAAUCAUGUUUACGCUCCGAUAUUUUCAGUUGUGGAACCACACGAUCCUAAUGAUGCUGUGAGUAACGAUUUUCAAAAUCCAAUGUACAGCGACGCUAAUUCUACCAUGUUUAAUCGUUUGGAAUGUCCAAAAACGCCUAUGCAUUCAUUUGGGGCUUCAGAAUGUCCACCAACUCCUACCCAUACUUUUGGACUAUUGGAAACACCGAUGACUCCAAUUCAUACAUUUGGUAGAUCUGACAUGCCUAUGACUCCCGUGCACUCCUUUGGUAGAGCUGAUUGUCCUCCUACACCUAUUCAUCCGUUUGGUAGAACAGAAGUAAUGAUGAAGCCAAGCCAUCCAUUUGGAGUAACGGACUUUCCUCAAAAUCAAUUGCCUUCACAAAUGUCUUCGACUAGGUACAGUAAGGUCCAGGAUCCUAGAAUUAAUAGAAGUUCGGAAUACGAUAAUUUGUCCAAAUACAACGAUAUGAAAGAUUGUGGCAAAUAUCAAGAACGUAAUUUUAAUAACAGAAAUUAUAAAUAUGACCCACCAAAACGAGCCUAUGCAGAUUCUUACCGAAACUACGGCAGGGAACAAAGUGUUGGUCGGCAUGAUAAAAAUGCUACAUAUGAGCAAAUUGACAAUCGUCACGGUGAAAGACUUCGUCGUGAAAAUAGUAUUGGACGUUUAAAUAGAAAUUAUGAAGUUGAUCGGAAUUAUUCUAAUGACCGCGGUAAAACUUAUAGGGAUAGAGAUCACCGUUGUGAUAAUGACGGUGGUAAAAUUUAUUACGAUCAAAAUUCACGAUGGAGUUAUAGAAGAGAGCAUAGCGGUGGUCGGGCUGUACCAGACAAUAGACACAUAGGGAAACAUUGUGAAAGAGAAGUCCGACCUGAAAACUCAUUAUGUGUUCAAUCACAUGCAGGUAUGUCGUUCACUAUUGACACGAGCGUUAGCAGGAGUUUUCAAGAAAGUCUUGCAAAUCUAAAGAAGGAGUCAAUAUCUGAUCCUAACUUUCAUGUAAGAAGAAGACGUGCAUCUAGUGUUGGAAGAUCUUUGAUUCGCGAACCUAGUAUUGGAAAGGAACUGCCAAGUUUAGGUAAUAGCUCUUCAGUUAUCAAAAGUAACAGCAACUACAGACGGGCAAGUAGUGUAGGAAGAGAUAUGGUAAAACAUGACGAUAAGAAGAAUUUUAAGGAUAUCAAAGAAGACUUGCAGUCGUAUAAAUACAAAAGUGCUGUGAAGUAUAACGAUAGUAAAAAUAUUUCUUCGAAGCAUGGUAUCUUCCCAGAAGUUAAGAAAAAAAUUAACGAUCGGGAUCCCCGAUUGUCCAGAAGAGAUAAUCAAGAUUUGCAUUAUGUUAAUAGUGGUGGUCAGUCAUCAAACCCCUAUUCACAAAAGAAAAAUUAUCGAGACCCGAGACAAAGACGAGAAUUCCGUAAAGAAAUUCAAAAAAAAUUUCAUUCAUUCCAAGAGCAAACGCGAGAAAAGUCAUACGAAAUUAAAAAACACGGGAUUGUUUAUUCUAGUGAUAAUAUAGCUAAGGGUACAAUUUUAGGGUCUGGGUACGGAGUGAAAAAUUACAAAAUUCCUAAGAUAAAAAGAGCUUUAGAAGAAACAGAGAAUAAAGAAUCAAUCGAUAAAUUUAAACCUUCUGGUUCAGUUACAAAUAAUUCUAGCAAAAAAGCGGAAGACGUAAGUAAGGAUUUAUGUACCAUAGAAAAAACACAAGACAAAGAAAAGCAGGCUAAAAUAAUUGAAAAAGAUAAAACAAAAGAUAAAAACCGAUCGACUAGAUGGGAAAGUCCUGAUAAAUUGAACAAUUUUGAACAAGAAAGUGAAAAACUAUCAACAACUCUUUCUGAUGGUGUUGAAAAGCGUGUUACCAGAUCAGCAAGGAAGAAUACUAUUAGUGAUAUAAAUGACUUUAAUUGUGAGACUCCUAUAAAGCGAGGUAAUAGAACAGUAAAGACUGUUAUUUAUGAUUCGGACACAGACAAUGUUGAAAAUGAUACGAAUAAAGACUUGCAGAAUGAAAAAUCUCAAGAUUCUAAGGAAAAAUGGAAAACAGAUACGAAAACUAAUCAUGUUGAUGAUGAUAGAAACAGUGUUAAAUUAAAUAAUGAAAAUAAAUCUUGUGAUUCAUAUAAAGAGGCAGUACCCAUUAUAAACAUUGAAAAAACUAAUGCUUCUAAAACAAAUGAUUUUACUAUGGAAGAUGGACAUAAAGAACCCAAAAGCUGUGAACCGAUUGAAAGUUCAGUUUCACUUGAAGAUAAUGUUCCUGUCUCUGUUACUGAUACCAAUAACUGUUUUGGUAUAGAACUUGAAAUGUUUUCUGAUAGUGUUGCAGCUGAUCCUGUCAUUGAUAACAUAAAUGCUCUUAUAGCUGAUCUAGAUGAUGAUUUAGAGACUUCGAAAAAUGAUGGUUAUAAAAACCAAUUUACUAAAGAAAUUACUCUCGAAAACAUGUUAGACAAUAUUACUUGUAUGGACAAUAAAAAAUCUGUUAGCUUAGGUAAAAAUGAACAAGAAGAAAUUAAGGGUACAGAAGAUAUUAAAUUAAACGACUCUGAUAAAAAUAUUGUAAGUGAACUAUUGCAGAAUGAUGAAAGCAAAGACGAAACUAAAGUUGCCGUUAUCAGUGAAAAUAACAGCGAGGUUUCUACAACAGAAAAUGAAAACAUAUUAGUUCAAGCAGAUAUUCCAUCUCCAUCUAAAGAAAAUAUAAGCCAAGUAGAAACUUGUUCUACACCUGAUAGUACUAUAGACGUAAAUGAGAAUACUCAACAUAAAGUAAGUCAGGAAAGGAUGCCUGAUAGUACUAAUGAGUUGACUUGUGAAAUGAGCUCUGAUAUUACUUCAACCCAUGAUUCACAUGAAGUAUUUGAAAAAGCACAAGUUGAUACUGAUGUAUCACGUACGGAGUUAUCACAUCAAACUGAUAAUAUUGGAAGUUUGCUAUCUAUUUUAAAAGAUAAAUCAAAAAUAAAAGAACUACUUACAAUGUUAAAAGAUCAAUCUAGUGAAAAUGACAAACUGAAGAAGAAGUUAGAAAAGCUAAGUGAAAUAGUCUCCGAUGAUGAUGAUUCGCCAUGUGAUGAAUCUAAUUCGUUUCAUAAUGAAAAAACUAAUUUUUCGAUUUCAAAUAACAAAAACGAAGCAGAAUCCGUUGGGCAUACUGGUGUAUAUACUGAUACAACACUCAAGCCAGAUAGUAUUUCUUGUGAAAAGAACGAACAAAGAAUUCAAAACAAAAAUAAUGUAGAAGAAAUUUUAGACGUUCAGUUAAAAGAGCAUGAGCAAAAUGUUACAGUUGUAGAGAACUGUGAAGGCAAAGAAAGUUUCGAAGACACAAAGCAAAAUACUGAAAAUGAUGAUGAUACAGUAGAAACGGUCUGUUGUAAAAAAUCUACAAAGAUUACAAAAUCCACUAAAAAGGCAAAGGGUGGUAAAGUGAAAAAUAAAACAUCUGAUGACAAAGAAAGGCCCCUACGUUCUGAGUCAGCUAAUUUGAAAAUGAAUAAACCAGCGAAUGUAAAGAAACCUUCCAGGGAAUUGAAACAACUUCAGGAAGAUAUCAAAGAGAUGUUCUUGCACGAUGAUGUGUUUAAUGCCAGUGGUAUAAGAAUGUGCCGUUUAGCUAAAUUAGUUGAAGAUAAGCCCAUAGACAAAGGUGAAACACAGAGUAAUGAAAAUAGUCCAGUUGUUAUUCUUGAAAAAAUUAAAGAGUCUUCAGAAGAGACAACCAUAAAAGGCAAAACUUCAAAAAAAAAAGCAACUUCGAAAUCAAAAAUGUUACAGAAAGAAGCAUUUGACAGCGAAAAAAAGACAGAAAAUAGUAACGAAAAAAUAAACUCUGAACUUAAAAUGCCUACAAGAUAUAAACCUGGGCCUAAAUCGAAAACAAAACUCUUAGACAAGCGACCGGAAGUAGAUCCUUAUAUUUUUGAAUCUGACUCAGUAAGCGAAUCAAAUGCUACAAAUAUUAGUGAAACUAAACCUCAUAGUAGCUCCGACUCGGAAUGCGAAUCUCUUGAAUCAUCUAAAAGCUUUGGAAGCACAGAACUUUUAGUAGAAUUAAAGAAAAAACCAAAACGAAAACGUCGAGGAUGGCAAGCAGGUGUAAUUAAACCUAAACAUAAGAAAAAGAAAAGUCAUCUUCGUAACUCUCAAUCUGAUACAAACGUUCAAGGUGUGCCUCAUAUUCCCGACUUAAAUUGUUUUACAGAUAAAACGUACUGUUUCAAUAAAAGUGUAAGUGUCUAUUCAUGUCGUCUUUGCCUUUACAAUGGCAAUGACAUAGUUCAUCAUUACAAGAAGCAACAUCCGCACUCAGAGAUUCCUUUGUCCCGAAUGAGCCCGGAAGUUGCUAAAGAGGCCAUAGAACAGUGUGAAGAAAUAAAUUUUCACGCUAUUAGUAAAGUAAAUACUGAUAAAUACGUCUGCCGAUUCUGUUUUAAAGAAUUUAAAAACUCCAUAAAGAAAAAAACCGUAUUGGAAGAAUUUUUUUGGCAUGUUGUCAGUAUGCAUACGGGUGAAUACAAGCAAAUAUGUUCGGAAUGUAUUAAUGUCACUAGGUGUCCAUUCAAUUUAGACAUUCCACCUCCUCCCAAAGAGCAAAAAGGUCAACUUAUAGGUUAUAUUUGUGGAAAAUGCAAUUUUACACAAAUGUCCCUUGAAAAUUUAAAGACUCACGUCAUUAACCGUCAUAAUGAUGAGCAAACUGAAGUUUAUACAAUUAAUUUAGCCGUCAUGUCAAAGAAAACAUUGUUAGCUUUCAGUAAUUCUACAUCAGAACAGCCUAGGACGCUUCGGAGCAGUAGUUCAAAUCAAAGUACUGUAGAAACAAAUGACGAACAGAGUGAUAUUAAUGAAAGCCGUGAUAAUGUGACUAAACCUGACCAAUUAAUAUCUUUUUCAUUAAAAGAGAAAACUCUAACCGAAUUGCAUAAAAACAAACGUAAUAAAAUUCAGUCACAAAUUACCUUUGAAAACGAUGACGCUGCCAACGAGUUAUGUGACUUGAAUAAAAACAAAAGUAUAAAAGUUGAACAAGAACACGAAAUUGAUUCGUCACCAUAUAAUGAGCCGUUUAAUGAUGCACCUAUUGCAGAUAUAAUUACUGAAUCUUUUGAGACAUUCAAGGAUGCAGACUAUAAUCAGCAAUCUACAUCUGAUGAUAUUUUGGAUUACCCACAUUUCAAAGUCAACUUUACAGAAGCUGGUACCAAGGAAUAUGUGUGCUGUAUAAAUGGAGUAGAAAAUCACUAUCGUACAGUGCUAUUAAUAUCGUUUAAGAAACAUGUUCAGAUAAAACAUACAGAAAAAUGGGAUGGAUUUUGCUUUCUGUGUAAACUGAUAGUCACUCCUCAAGGAAAUCACAAUUUCAAAGACUGUUUGCAGCAUUUUCUUGACAAACAUUUUGAUAAUUUUCCGACUACGGAAAAAGUGGACAAUACGAACAUUAAUACUGAAACACCUGAUGUGACACCUAAAAAAAAUUAUGUGAAUGUUAGACCGUUAUCAGAGCUUAUAUCUCAAUCAGAUAUACAACCAGAACAAUCUAAACUGCCCGUUAUAGAGAGUGUUGUUAGUCUAGGAGGCUCGACAGAUGAAGCAUCUUCGGGAAUUAGUGUCGAUACAGCUGAAACAAAAUAUAAUGAAAAAGAAUAUAAAUAUGAAGAAGCGCAAGCGGAAAUAAUUGCAAAGAAAUAUAAUGUUGUUUUAAAUGUUAUGAUGAACCGGGAGAAAUUAGUUCACAUAUUUAAGUGCGCUGGUCGAUUUUGUAGUUAUUCGACCGACAAUGCUGAAGAUGCUCUCCGUCAUGCGAUAACUCAUGAACGCGUAGGUGGAGAAAAUUCAUUGAAUUGUACUUAUUGUGAUUUCGAUUCUUCAAAGAACGCCGUUGAUUUAGUCACGCAUGUUUUUAAAAUGCAUGGUUGUUGCCAGUAUGUAUGUGGACAUUGUUUCUAUCGAAGUGUAGCGAGUCAACUUGUACGUGCGCAUGCGUCGAGAAUACAUGGAAAGGCGACUGCACAGAGCGUCAUUCUCAGAACUACAGUUACAGCACGCUCUGAUACGGACUGUAAAAUUUUGCCACGAGAAAUUGCUGUUCCCUUCUUCGUUUGUAACCAAAAUGUAAUGGAUGGCAAAUGCAAGUUUAAAACCUACACGUCGGGUAAAUUUUAUGAACAUUUGCAAAUGAGGCAUCAGUUGGAUAUUUCAUUUUUGUGUUUUAUGUGUUCAGACAUAUUUAUUAAACCUGUUGAUUUGCUGCAACAUUUCAAAAUUCACGGAUUUAAACUCUAUCAAUGCACGUGGUGUGUACACGGUGCUGAAAAUGAAACUGAGUUACUCGCGCAUGCCUCAGAAAAACAUCCAAAUAAGCAGCCUCAAGCGUAUUUAAGAGUAAUUACUAACAAGGAAGGAACUUCUGGAUUUAGAGUACUUCCUUUGGCUCAUCUAAAUAAUUCAAAAAUUACUACCAUUGAUGUCAAACCAAAUAAUGUUAGAGGGGAUCCUGAAAGGGAAGCAGAGAGGUCAAUAGACUUAGAAAAACUUAUUGGCCAAACAACGCAAAUGAUUGAGUCCAAGGUAACAUCUUCCCAAAAUGAAAGUACUGAAAACCUUGUAUUAAAGGAACAAGAAACAAGCAUGCCUUCAUUCGAACCUGGAUCCCUAGCCCAAAGUCAAGAGUCACUGGUUUUGGCCUUACAGUCGUCACUGUUUGAUAAAACUCCAGAAACUUCGAUAUCGACUGAUGCAGACAGAACGCCAAUUUUGGCUGAUCUUCCUCGUCCAGAGACCCCUAAUUUAGAAAACCAACCAAUAAAAAGUGAUGUUCAUAGCCAACUAACACCAGUACUUAAAGAAGAAACAGAACCAAAAACGCCUGAGAAGACGGACUCUGACGUCGUUUAUUGUUUAGAUAGCGAUGAGGAAAUUUCUAAUCAAAACGUGGUCGAUCUUUCCAGUGAAGAAUCUCCAUUAGUUGCAGAUGUGAUUGACAAAUCUGGCAAUCUUGAAAAAGUACCAGUAUCACGUUUAUUCAAAUGUAGUCUGUGCAGUAUGAUCUUGAAAAAUUGCUCUGGUUUUAAAAGACAUGUAUCCGCUUCCCAUAUAGAGGCAAUAAAUCGACUUCAGUGCGCAUAUUGUCCAUUUGUGGCUGAAAGAGACCUUGUGGCCACACACUAUGCUUCUGAUCACUGUUUGAGUCGAAAGGAAGCCACACGUUAUGUAUGUGGUGUUUGCAGCAAUAAAUAUAUUUCGUUUACAUUUGUGAAAAAACAUCUAAAAGACGAUCAUAAUUUGUCGAAACUGGUUGUAACAUCCAGGUUAGUUACAAAUGGAGAGUACCAGUUUGUCGUAGGCGAAGCGAGUAAACAGAAACAGAUUGCGAAGAGAAAACUUUCGAAUGAAGACGAGGAUAAAAGUUUACAGCCUGUGUCUAAAAUUAAAAAAUUCGGUCCGAGUGAUGUGAAACUAUUACCCAUCAACCCAAUUCUGGAUGAAUUAGUCUACUGUUCCCUCUGUGAAUUUAGUACAAAAGUUCGGUUGAAUAUGGUUAGACAUCUCCAACUUCACGCUGAACAGCAACCAGUGCCGCAAACAGCGCCAGUCAAUCCCGUUCCCCACUUGGAAACAAACGAAAAACACUUUGAUAAAAUGGUUAAUCUCGCUUCCAGUUCAAUAGCGUCUAGAGCUCCGGAAAAAUCGAAUAAAACUGAUCGGCAACCAGUAGUUAAUCUACUUAUACCUCCUGAAGCAGCUUCACGGUAUCCUAAAUACGUACCGGAUAGGCAGCGAUAUACGUGCGGUGCUAAAGGAUGUUGUUACAUAUCUGUGGAUGAGACUAUGCUGAAAUACCAUUGGGAGACAUUACAUUCAGACGCAAAUGAUUUCCACUGCGUACACUGCCCGCCUUACCAACACAUGGAUACGACCAAACCAUUAACCGCCUCCCGAAUAAUUGGUCACCUUAAAAUGCACGAUAUCAGAUUGUAUGCGUGUUCAUGCUGUUCCUAUUAUCACCACAAACGGCAGGUGCUUGAUAAACAUAUUGCUGAGAUACAUAGCACAGGUCAUGUUAUGGUGGUUAGAGAGGAAAGUGUUUCACAAAUUCCAAAUGUAACUCAAUCAUCAACAGUAGCACCGACAAUGGAUUUGAAACCUUGGCAAUGUGGGCUGUGCAAAUUCAAAAGCAUGCUCCGCCCUGAAGUGGUGGAGCACUGUGCCAAAUUUCAUCAGUCUAAGAUGCAAUACAAAUGCACGUACUGUGCUUUUAGAACAUCGACCUUAGAAAAUAUUACGAAACACCAGUCCAAAUCGCACGUUGGCAAAGCCCAGGAGACCUUCUAUUUCUACUAUCGUGAGGGGUCUAUUCCCGAUGAGCCUGAUGGCACAACCCGGUGGCAGAAGCAACAACAGAAAAGUGGUGUAACUGAAACUGAAGUAAAAACUGAGACGAUUGAACGCACAGAAUUGGAAUCGCAAAGUGAAUUAACGAAAAACGUGUCACAAUCUCCUGCGGCACCUGCAGUAGACUUAAAUAUAGUUAAACAAGACCCAGACGCGGUUCUUGUACCUACACACUCUACGCAAGACCUAUGCAAAACAUUUGGUCAGUUUUGUGAACCUAAUGACUUAAAGUAUAAAUGUCCAUUAUGUAUAAAUGUUUUAGAAGACAGGGAUGCUAUGCAGUCUCAUUUGUAUGAAGAAUUGCAGUAUAGAAAGUGGGGCUGCGGAUUUUGUUCCUAUAAGGCGUUCCAUAAGAAUGGUCUCAAUGAUCACAUGCUAACAGAACACAGACAGAAUCGUGAACCUAUUGAACUGCCAGUUGAUGUAAGAGUAGAGGCAUGGAUUGCAAAGCUCCUGGACCAUCAAUUCCUCCUUAUUGAGAAAAAUAGACAAAAUUUGUCGAAACAAAGUGUUUCUGUGAAACCCGUUAAUUCGGCUCCUACAACAUCCAAGUCCCAAGAUGCACAUAUGAAUGUUCCUGAAAGUGAUAAUGGGCAUAGUGAGGAAGAACUUGAGAAAGUGUUUGGUACUUUCGGUGCAUCUGAAAACAAGUACUUCAAUUGUCCUAAGUGUAGUUUAAAAAUUAUAGAAGAAAGUGCCAUGCGAGAACAUUUGGAAAUUGAAUUGAACAAAAUUAGAUGGUGUUGCAACAGCUGUACAGAGAAAUUCCAGAGCUACCACGAGGCGCAAUUCCAUUGUAAAAGUGUUCACCCAGGGAUAUCUGCUCGGGCCAUCGAAGCAGUUCGGAACGUGAGGAUGCGUUCUGCUUGGAUAUCAGCAGUUAUACGCGCGCAAAAACUUAGUAUGAACCACCUACCCGUAACAGAAACCACCGACUCAGACGAAUGCACUAGAAAUAGUCUUGCACAGGAUAAUUCUCUAUUAGUAGUUCGAUACGAAGAGAGGGUUCCUACACCAGAAGUACAGGUAAUUCGACCCAAGACUUCAGCCUCUGAGAGUGAUGAAGAUGAAGAAAAACUAGUCAUCGACGAAGUGUUUAAGCAGACGGAAAUCAAACAGUGCCCAUUCUGUAUAUAUACAUGCCAGGACAUCAGGGAGUUAAAGGAACAUGUGGUGGGCCGGCAUAAUAAUAUUAAGCCUUACUUCUGUUCCUACUGUGAUUUCAAUGGUUACAGAAGGACUGUAAUGAAACAUGUAAGUGACAAACAUAAAGACAAACCCCUGGUGUUAUUGACCAAGGGUCAGAGGAUUUUGGGUCCCCCUAUAGACCCUAAUCCUGUACCAGCAUCAGCACCAAUAGCAGUGGACAAUAAUGCUCCAAGACUGAUUUGUUUACGAUGUGAAAAAUCAUUUAACGAAAACGAAGCGAAGACACACCUUCACGGCAAUGCAAAGCCUACGUUUGUAAAAAAGGGCCAGCUUCUUGUUAAGUGCUGUUGGUGCUUGACUGUUCAUGAAAAUAAAGAUGCGGUAUUGGAUCAUCAUCGAACAAGCCACCCAAAUAAGACUUUGAAUUAUGCAUUUUGUACGAUGUUCAAUAAGAAGAGAAGUGUCCUCUGCUGUGCAUACUGCAAUCAGAAUUUCUCACUCUUGGGAGAUAUGAAAGCCCAUUGGAAUGCAGUCCACAGCUCGUUGCCAUUUCAGUUUAACAAACGUCAAUGUGUGGCAGCUGUCUCUGACGAAGUUAUAAAUUUGUCUGAUGAUGAGAAGACCGGAGUAAAGAGAAAGAGUGAAAGUACAUUACCAAACCCGUCUCCCUCAAAGAUGUGUGCAAGAAAAUCUACCACAAAGUUACCAUUUCAGGCAGUAGCGAAGAAAUCCACCACAAAACUACCAUUUAAGCUUGAAUCUGAUUCAGAUUCUAUAGAAUAUUCUUUUUAUGGAUCGAAGCCUCAAGUUGAUGAUUUGGAUAAUGUCACAACAAACCUGUCUUUUUGUAACACGGUUGUGCCAUUUACAUUUAAGAAACUGAGUGAAGUCAUUCGUAUUAAUCCUACAGUGCUUGUAGAAGAUAUAAAUAAGUGA